GAUGGUUGAGCCAUCUAUUGAUUAGAGACGUUCACUUCCUUUUGAAACACAUUGCAAUCAUGGGUCGUAUGCACGCUCCCGGAAAAGGUAUUUCUCAGUCGGCUUUGCCGUACAGACGAUCGGUUCCCGGAUGGUUGAAAUUGACAACCGAUGAUGUAGUGGAACAGAUGAUGAAGUUGGCCAAGAAGGGUAUGACACCGUCACAGAUCGGUGUUAUGUUGAGAGAUUGGCACGGAGUGGCUCAGGUCAGAUGGGUUACCGGAAACAAGAUUUUGCGAAUCCUCAAGAAGAAAGGAUUGGCGCCACAAUUGCCCGAAGACUUGUAUCAUCUCAUCAAGAAAGCCGUCGCUAUCAGGAAACACUUGGAGAGAAACAGAAAAGACAAGGAUUCAAAGUUUCGGCUAAUUCUUGUGGAAAGCCGUAUCCAUCGAUUGGCCAGAUAUUAUAAGACCAAACGUGUAUUGCCGGCCACCUGGAGAUAUGAGUCGUCCACUGCUUCCGCUUUGGUCGCAUAAUUGUCUAUUGAUUUAUAUUUGUUUUUUCCAUCGAAUAAAUGAUUUAAAU